AUGUCGACAUGCAUGACCUACCUCCUCCAGGGUUCCCGUCAUCUGUGGUAUCCUUCCAAGGCUUCCGUUAAUGUGCGACGCGCUGUCCAGAGGAGUUAUGCUUCGAUCUCCGCCGCGGACUUGAAGUUCGGACAACCUCUGCACGAGACACAUCCCCAUAUCCUGAAUCCCGGAGAAUUGACACCUGGGAUUUCCGCUCUCGAAUACGCACACCGUCGCUCCCGUCUCGCGAACCGGCUGCCCAAGAAUUCAAUCGCGGUCUUAGCAGCAUCGGAAGUCAAAUACCGUGCUGCAGGCAUAUUCUAUGAGUACCGUCAGGACACGAACUUCUUUUAUCUUACAGGAUUCAAUGAGCCUGGCGCAUUGGCAGUCAUCGCAAAUGAUGGCUCCGGGAAUAAUCACAUCUUUCACCUCUACGUUCGCGAGAAGGAUGCAAGGGCUGAGCUUUGGGAGGGAGCUCGAUCCGGCACGCGAGCUGCCAUAGAUGUCUUCAAUGCUGAUGAGACUGGAGAUAUUACGCGAAUUGGUGAUAUCCUGCCGGACAUCAUAUCUGGAGCCACAGAAGUAUACACAGAUAUCACGACCCUCGACCCGAAGUCGGUCCUAUAUCGAACCCUAUACGGCUCCGGUGUGUCCGAGCGGAUCAAGAACUUUGUGCGUGGUGGAAAAGUAAAGUCGCUGCGCCCAAUUCUUAAUGAGCUGAGGGCCGUGAAGAGCGAGGAUGAAGUGGUGCAACUGCGUCGUGUUGGGCAGAUGUCCGGAAGAGCAUUCACUGAGUCUGUAAGACAAACAUUUACCAAAGAAAAGGAUCUUUGCUCGUUCCUUGAAUAUCAGUUCAAGGUCAAUGGUUGCGAUACAAGUGCUUUUGUUCCCGUGGUGGGGGGCGGUCCUAACGGCCUGAGCAUUCAUUAUACAAGUAACAAUGAUAUCUUGAGGGACGGUGACCUAGUUCUGGUUGAUGCAGGCGGGGAAUCGGGGAGCUACAUCUCCGAUAUUUCAAGGACGUGGCCAGUUAAUGGAAAAUUCACGGAUGCCCAGCGCGAUUUAUAUACUGCGGUACUGAAUGUGCAACGCAGCUGUGUUUCUCUUUGCAGAGAGUCUGCUGGAUAUUCCCUGGACCAAUUGCAUGGGAUCGCCGAGAAUACGCUAAAAGACCAGCUUCAGCAACUUGGAUUUGAUGUUUCUGGAGACGCCAUGGGUAUCCUAUUCCCGCAUCAUUUAGGUCACCAUGUAGGCCUGGACGUUCAUGAUUGCCCUGGCUACUCAAGAAGCCACAAGCUCAAAGCAGGCAAUUGCAUCACCAUAGAACCAGGCAUAUAUGUUCCGGAUAACAGACGGUGGCCUGACAAGUUCCGAGGAAUCGGAAUACGCAUUGAAGACAGCGUGUGUGUUGGAGAUGACAAUCCCAUUGUGUUGACGCCUGAAGCUGUCAAAGAGAUCGAUGACAUUGAGGCUCUGCGUGGAUAG